AUGCAAUUCUUUAGACCAGAUUUUAUAGCUACUUAAGUCUUGAGAAGAGCUGAUAUGGCUCAUUCUCCUUUCCACAAGGCCAUUCAUGACCUCGAAGAUAAGCGCUCCAAGUUAUUCCCUGAUCGUAGAAGAAUUCCUGGACGUAAGGCUAAGCUUUUACUUGCUGCUUCACUCCUUCUCUAAAUGUGGGGUGUUGGCAAAAUUAUUGAAAUUAAGAAAUUCAUGAAGCGUAGAGAUAUAGAAUUAAAGGGAUUAUAAAGAAAGGCUGCUCCUUUUAUGUAAUCUAUGAAUGAUGUUAGACACUUAGCUUUAAGAGAAAGAAACGAUAUGCUCUAUAACGAACUUUUAUCUGUUCACGGAGAAGAAUAUGCUUAAAAAAUGCAAAAGAGAUUCCAUCAAACCGAUAUUUGGGCUCCUUUUAGACACAGAUAUGCUUAUAUGUACAACAGUUCAAAUAAAAAUGUUAAAGAUUACAAAUAAGUUACUUUAUCAAGAUAUAUUAAUGGUUUCGAUAAGUUCAAUGUUUGA